CCCAAAGCUUUGUAACGUUUUUGACGGUAACAGCGUCCCAGAGCAUGUUUUCCUCCUUAGUGCAGCCGAGUACUGUUUCCUUGUUCUCGUCGACCGGCUCUCUCCCUCUCCAGCUGUUCGAAACGAGGAACGACACCACCCUCCCCGAAGACUCCUUCGUCCACCUGCUCAACGACACCACAAAUAUCCCUGCUCCCCCCGCGCCAGCGAAGCUCGUCCCCAUUCACACUGGCCAGGAAGGCCUCAAGGACAGCAAGACUCUUAUUCAGACCGUCCUCCACAUCCAAUCCCCGACACUCCCUACGACCUACAUUCAAUGUCCCCCAGACUCCCUAUCCCCUAGUAACCCUCGCGGCCUCGGAUUGAAGCAUCCUUGGGUGCACGUGCAGUCCCGCGACCUCGGCAAGGAAUGGAGCUUCGAGAUCGGCGUUGCGGACCAGGCGAAUCGAGUGGGCGUUGUGCGGCUCUCGACAUUUCAGAGAGAGCCUCGCCUGGACACCGUCGGUCCUUUCCCUCUUCUCCACCUCCCCCUCAUCUUCCCGCAACGCACCGACGAGUACUCCGGCACCACCUGGUCCACAAUCGACCUCAACCUCCCCCGCCUCCUCUCCGCCUUCACUUCCCCCCAGCUUAUUGACGAGAAUCACCCUCCGCCGCAAGUCCCCUUACCCUCCAGCGCGUUUUCCCAUGUCGUAUACGUCCGCGUCUACGCGACGUGCCGCUUGCGUCGCAUUUGGUUCAGCCAGUCGGGGCCGUCGCAGAAGUCGCCAUGGGAAUUCGAUUUGUAUGGCUGCGACCCCGCGAGGGAGCAACACCAGUGAAUACAAUGGCCUCGCACGCUCUCUCGAAACGCCCGCCUACGAGCUCCCCAGCUUCUCAUCGUGCGAACCCUCCGCGAUCGCAUCGAUCGCCGAUAUCGCGUUCUACUAGCCGCUCUCAUCCGCCCGCGCACCAUGGCCGCACCCCAUCCCCCACCCCCCACCUCCUCCGAAGACAUCCUCAACGACGCCCUCGCCUUUCUCGGCGGCGAGCCCGUCGUCGAGUCGCCCGAUGACGACGGCAUCCGCUACGGCCCUCUCCGGCUGACCGUCGCAGCCAAGGCCGGCAAGGCAAGCCUCCCUCCCCCACAUCCCUACCCAACCCUCCAACCCACGCAGCCCCUCCUUACCUAGGCCAACACCCUCCUGGCCGAU